AUGAGGAGACAGUUCGAAGGCAUGCUGGCAACGGCCGGAUUCGACUUGCACAAGUGGUGUUCGAACCGUGAAGAAGUAUUGGCGGAUCUUCCUACCGAAAAACUGGAGCAGAAGGUGCUGUUCAGUGAAGAAGGGCAUUUGAUAUCACGCGGAAUCAUGCCAGACGAACUGAGAACAGCCAAACUCUGGUGGAAAGGUCCACCGUUCCUGAAGAAUCCCGAAAACACCUGGCCAAAGGACGUAGGACAAGUCCCUGAACAACAUCUUCCCGAGCUGAUGUCAAUCACUGCGUUGCCUGUGGUGGUUGAGAGGUUCCAGCUAUUCGACGACUGCAGCAGUUACAACACUAUGGUUCGAGUCAUCGCACUGAUCAAGCGGCUGUUUCAAAACCGCAAGCGCAGCCCAGAAGAAAAGCUCUAUGGAGAGUUCACCGACCAGGAGAAUCGGCAAGCCAUGCUGACACUCGUUCAUCUCGCCCAGUUGGAAUCCUUUCCGGAAGUAUUCGCCCAAUUGCAGAAACAGGUAACGAUAAAGAACAGCUCGCUCAUACCACUCUCUCCCUUCGUAGACCUCAACGGUGUCCUCAGGGUCGGAGGACGCCUGGCGAAGAAGACCUGCUCGUUCGACCAGAAGAACCAGAUGAUCCUACCGCCAAGCCACCCCUUCACCACUGCCAUCAUCCGUUCGGUGCAUAAGCUCAAUAUGCACGCAGACGCUUUAACCACUUUGUGCGCCAUCCGAAGGGAGUACUGGAUCAUUCGUGGGAAAAAUGCCGUCAAGAAGGUCAUUCGAGAGUGUAUACGAUGCUCCAAGAACAACGCACGCCCAAUACAACAGUACAUGGGCGAUCUUCCAGUCUGUCGUUUGGAGGGAGAGUACCCGUUCUAUCGUGUUGGCAUCGAUCUCUGCGGCCCAAUCUCGAUCAAACAACGCAACAAACGAUCGACCGUCGUUCAUAAGGGCUGGAUUGUGCUUUUCAUUUGUCUCGACACAAAGGCCAUCCAUCUCGAAAUCGUCAGUGAGCUGUCCACCGGAGCAUUUAUGGCAGCUUUUGAUCGGUUUGUCAGUCGGCGAGGCAAACCAGCAACCGUUUGGACCGACAACGGUACAAACUUCGUCGGUACAGCGAACGUACUCGACGAAUGGAAAUCCUUCUUCGACAGUAUCGACAACCAAGACGGCAUUCGACGAGCAGGUAACGAAAUUGAGUGGCGAUUCAAUCCCCCAGAGGCUCCGCACUUAGGCGGUAUCUGGGAGGCGAACAUUCGACAGACCAAAUCCUUGCUGGUGAAACACACAGCAGGCGCAACCCUUUGUUUCGAGGAGCUAUCAACUGUAUUGGCACGUAUCGAAGCGGUGUUGAACUCUCGGCCUAUCACACCGCUAUCCGUCGACCCAGAGGACUUCGAGCCAUUAACUCCGGGUCACUUUUUGAUCUUCAGACCAUUGACAGCUAUCGCCCGUCCGGAAGUCAGCGUUCGAGUCAAACAUCCAAGGUCGCGUUUCGAGCACAUCACCCAAAUCAUCCAGCACUUUUGGGAUCGCUGGAGUUCAGAGUACCUAUCGUCACUACAACAAAGUAAGAAGUCAACCUACCCUACUUCGACCGUACACAGCAAUCUGAUCGUUUCGAUGAGUGACGAACCCGCAGUCAUCGAGCACCCACCGUCAUUGGGCACCCACCAUCAUCGAGCACCCAUCGUCAUCGUUUUUGUUCGUCAUGUAUACGAAGCCGGCUAA